ACAAAAGAUCUCCGGGCCCCCUAACCCAGUGACCCUGACCCUAUUACUGGCAACACGCAGGCAAGAUCUGCUGGUGAAACGAACAUGAACUUAGUCCGUGCUGGGAAAGUUUUUGGGUUGUCUCUCCAGCGUAAUGUGGGUGUGACCUUCAAGAGGUCACUGACCUUGACCUCCUCCAGAAAGGCAUGGACAGGUCAGGAGACACUGGACCAAGAUGACCCAGAGAUGAUGGCCAUUGUUAAGAAGGAAAAGCACAGACAAGUCACUGGUUUGGAACUCAUUGCCUCAGAGAACUUCACCAGUAAGGCUGUCAUGGAAUGUCUGGGUUCUUGUCUCACUAACAAAUAUGCUGAGGGAUACCCUGGGGCCAGGUACUAUGGUGGCAAUGAGUUUAUUGAUGAGGUUGAAACUCUGUGCCAGAAUAGAGCAUUGGAGGCAUUUCGUCUGGACCCAGAGAAGUGGGGCGUGAAUGUCCAGCCGUAUUCUGGCAGUCCAGCCAACUUUGCCACAUACACAGGUCUGCUGCAGCCACACGACAGGAUCAUGGGACUAGAUCUGCCUGAUGGUGGACAUCUUACCCAUGGUUUCAUGUCAGACAAGAAGAGAAUAUCUGCCACCUCCAUUUAUUUCGAGUCCUUGGGAUAUAAGCUUAAUCCUGAGACUGGGUACAUAGACUACGACAAGUUGGCUGAACUGGCAAGACUGUUCCGUCCACGUCUGAUCAUUGCUGGCACCAGUGCAUAUUCCAGACUCCUGGACUACAAGAGGUUUAGGGAGAUCUGUGACGAGAGCAAGGCUAUUCUGUUGGCUGAUAUGGCCCACAUCUCAGGGCUGGUGGCAGCUGGAGUGAUUCCCAGUCCAUUUGAGUAUGCAGAUGUUGUCACGACAACAACACACAAAUCCCUGAGAGGACCAAGGGCAGGUAUGGUGUUCUUCCGCAGAGGAGUGAAAGAAGUGAACAAAAAAACUGGAAAGGAGAUCAUGUAUGAUUACGAGUCCAGGAUCAACUUUGCUGUGUUUCCCAGUCUUCAGGGAGGCCCCCAUGAAAACAACAUAGGGGGUAUUGCAGUGGCUCUGAAACAGGCUAUGAGCCCUGAGUUCAAGGAGUACCAGCUUCAGGUGCUGAAGAAUGCUAAUGCCAUGUCACAUGCUCUGCUGGAGAGGGGGUACUCCAUUGUGUCAGGAGGAACUGACAACCACCUGUGUCUGCUGGACCUGAGACCCAAGGGGACAGAUGGCGCCAGGAUAGAGAGGGUGUGUGAGCUGUGUAAUAUUACAGCCAAUAAGAACACCUGUCCAGGGGAUAAGAGUGCAAUGACCCCUGGUGGCCUAAGACUGGGAGCACCUGCCUUGACCUCCAGAGGCAUGAAGGAAAAGGAAUUUGUCCAAGUGGUGGAAUUUAUCGACAGAGCAACACAGAUUGGAUUAGAAGCACAAAGUCAGACACGUCUUCUGAAGGACUACAAGGCAUUCCUCCUGGAGGAUGAUGCCAUUCAAGGGAAAAUUAAAAGCCUCAAGAAGGAAGUGGAAGAGUUUGCUGGACAGUUCCCUAUGCCAGGAUUUAGUGAAAGAUAGAUUUGUAAUUGAAGGUCAUGAAGUGUUUAAUUCAGGUUAUGCAAUACAUGUAUGAGUGUGAUUAAAGGUAUUCUAUCUGGGGUUUACCUGCCAAUUUGAUUAAAAUUUUCCUGAAAAGGAAGCAUAUUUUCUUCUCUAAACACUUGGAUUCAAUAUUUUAUCUAGUUCUAGAAUGAUAAAUUAGUUGAAAAUGAGUGGCUAGUCACUAACACUGCCAGGCUUUCCAGUACAUUUCAGAUUGAAUUAUCAACAUCAGGUAUUUUAAUUUGGAGGGUUUUUUUCUUCGAGCUCUGAAUUUUCAAAGAUGGGUUUUUUUUUAAAAUAUGGGGACAGAAAAUUUGACUUCCAGACAUUUUAUAAACACAGAUUGUAUACCUUUAAUCUUUCAGUGCAAAAAUGGCAUGGCAGCUUAAAUUUAUUGUAAAAAACUAUUAGCAGUCAGAAUAUUUGAUCAGAGUAAAGCUGGAUUUUAUAUCAAAAUAUUUCUUUAUCAUUGCCACAUAAAAUACAGCAAGCUUAUACAUUUUUCUCAUGUCAGUUUUUAUAUAUCAUGACAGACAGAAUUGUCUAAAUGUAGAGUAUUAGAUAAUUCAUUUAUUCAUUGCAUAAUGGUUUGUAAACAUUAAGAGAUUUCUUGUUAACACGGUAUUGAUAGGUGUACAGGCAUGAUGUAAUAUUUUCAUCAUUAAAAGCCUAAUUGAUAAAAGUGCAGGUGCCCUGACAGAAUCCACCCCAUCCCACACAUUCCUGUAUAAUGGCAGUGACCAGUUGAGGUAAAACAAGGAUUGGAGACAGCAAAUGAACUCAGGG